AAGUUUCUACCGUUUCACCUAAGCGCGCAGAAAACUGGAUCCUAUCAGUGCCACCUUCUAGUUAUUCCAUUUUAGUAGCCCCUAACACAGAACAAGAGCUAGCAUCGGAACAGGCUGGCUAUUAGAUUUCAUUCUGCUCUACCCAGAUUCUACAACCAGAACCCACCCCAGUUCCCAAUUAACCUUUAUUUAUCAUGCCCGACACGUGGCUUAGCACAUUUCCCGGCUACAAAUCGUUAAUAGCCCAGACGAAAAAAGUAUACGGGCGCAUCUUACAGACGGGGCGGGUGCCGCAGCACAUUGGGUUUAUCAUGGAUGGCAAUCGUCGCUACGCGCGCAAGUCUAAGAUUGAGGUGAAAGAAGGGCACAACGCGGGAUCCGAAAGCAUGGCGCCGUUACUCGAGUUAUGCUACGAGUGUGGUGUAGACACCGUAACGGUGUACGCAUUUUCUAUCGAGAACUUCAACCGCUCUGACUACGAGGUCAGCUGUUUGAUGUCGCUCGCGAAGGCCAAAUUCCGCGUCAUGUGUGAACACGGCGAGUUAGCGGAGGAGUACGGCGUGCGCAUCCGUAUCUUGGGGAACACUGCUUUAUUACCACAAGACGUGCUCGAGGUGUUGCGUGCGAGCGAGGAGAUCACUAAGAACAACACGCGCGCGACGCUCAACGUGUGCUUUCCCUACACCUCGCGCGACGAGAUGACCGAGGCCAUCAAGGCUGUGGUGGGCCAGGCACGCGAUGGCCUUGCGCUUGACGAGAUCUCUGCCGAGACUAUCGACGCAAACCUCUAUACGCGUGAUUGCCCACCGUUAGACUUGGUAGUCAGAACCAGCAACACCAAUCGCUUGAGUGAUUUCUUGUUGUGGCAGACCGUUAAUGAGGCGCCGCGCGUGGUGGUUGAGUUUGUCAACUGUUUGUGGCCCGAGUUCGGUCCGUUCCGCAUGGCCUGGGUCUUGUUGAAGUGGAGUUACUUGAAGACCUAUUCUGGCGCGUAUCGCAACACUGAAGACCGCAAAGAUAAAUAGUAGAUGGAUUGAAUCAGAAGUUUGUAUAUACCUUUAUGUCUGAGUGUCGAGAUUGGACCUUAACAGCAGUUGAUAGUGAAUGCAUAAUCGACUUUGUAAAUGCUAAAAGG